UCCACUUGUGAGUUGUGAGUGUGUGACCCUAAUUUGAGAGCUCUCUUCUCUUUGCGCAGUCAAUUUGCUACCUCUGAGAAAAUGGCGGCUGCGACUUCAUCCAUCGCUCCUUCCCUUUCAUGUCCAUCUUCAUCCAAAACCCUAAGGUCUUCCAAAGCUAGAACCUUGGCUCUGCCCAAUAUUGGUUUCCUUUCAUCUUCUUCCAAGUCGCUGAGGUCGUUAACUGCUACCGUCGCUGGAAAUGGUGUCGGUUCCGCCACUGGUUCCUCCCUUGCCGCUCGUAUGGUUUCUUCGUCAGCGGUCAAGGCCCCUCUCGCGCUCGACUUCGAGACAUCUGUCUUCAAAAAGGAGAAAGUAUCCCUUGCUGGUUACGAAGAGUACAUUGUGAGAGGAGGAAGGGAUUUAUUCAAGCAUCUUCCAGAUGCUUUCAAGGGGGUUAAGCAGAUUGGUGUGAUUGGUUGGGGAUCUCAGGGACCUGCCCAAGCUCAGAAUUUGAGAGAUUCACUUGUAGAGGCAAAGUCUGACAUUGUUGUUAAGAUUGGACUCAGAAAAGGGUCUCGCUCAUUUGAGGAGGCACGUAGCGCUGGCUUCACUGAAGAAAGUGGUACUUUGGGUGAUAUCUGGGAAACUAUCUCUGGCAGCGAUCUUGUAUUGUUGUUGAUCUCUGAUGCUGCUCAGGCUGAUAACUAUGAGAAAAUAUUCGCUCACAUGAAGCCAAAUAGCAUUCUUGGUUUAUCACACGGGUUUCUACUAGGGCAUUUACAGUCCUUGGGACUUGAUUUCCCAAAGAACUUCAGUGUGGUCGCUGUGUGCCCUAAGGGAAUGGGUCCUUCUGUGAGGAGGCUAUACGUCCAAGGAAAAGAAAUCAACGGUGCUGGAAUUAACGCCAGUUUUGCAGUCCACCAGGAUGUUGAUGGUAGAGCCGCAGAUGUUGCACUGGGAUGGUCUGUAGCUCUUGGUUCUCCUUUUACUUUUGCUACUACUCUUGAACAAGAGUACAGGAGUGACAUCUUUGGAGAAAGAGGCAUAUUGCUUGGUGCUGUUCAUGGAAUUGUGGAGUCCCUAUUUAGAAGGUACACCGAAAAUGGGAUGAGCGAAGACUUGGCUUACAAGAACACAGUAGAAUGUAUCACAGGAACAAUUUCAAGGACUAUCUCUACCCAGGGAAUGUUGGCUGUGUACAACUCCUUGUCUGAAGAAGGUAAAAAAGAUUUUGAGACUGCAUACAGCGCAUCCUUCUAUCCUUGUAUGGAGAUUCUCUAUGAAUGUUACGAGGAUGUACAAAGUGGCAGUGAAAUCCGAAGUGUUGUCUUAGCCGGUCGUCGCUUCUAUGAAAAAGAAGGCUUGCCAGCAUUCCCAAUGGGAAAUAUUGAUCAGACAAGAAUGUGGAAGGUGGGUGAAAGCGUCAGGAAGUCCAGACCCGCCGGUGACUUGGGUCCACUAUAUCCCUUCACCGCUGGAGUUUAUGUAGCACUUAUGAUGGCUCAGAUUGAGAUCUUGAGAAAGAAAGGUCACUCUUACUCAGAAAUUAUCAACGAGAGUGUGAUAGAAUCUGUGGACUCUCUGAACCCAUUUAUGCACGCCAGGGGAGUGUCCUUCAUGGUUGACAACUGCUCGACCACAGCGAGAUUGGGUUCGAGGAAAUGGGCCCCACGGUUUGACUACAUCCUGACCCAACAAGCGCUUGUGGCUGUGGACAGUGGUGCAGCGAUCAACAGAGACCUGAUCAGCAACUUCUUCUCAGACCCAGUCCAUGGUGCCAUAGAGGUCUGCGCACAGUUGAGGCCUACCGUUGAUAUCUCUGUGCCAGCUGAUGCAGACUUUGUUCGACCUGAGUUGCGUCAAUCUAGCAACUAAGUGAAGAGUUGAAAAGUCUGUCAGAGUCUCUACUUUGUAAUCUGCUGAGUUUUAAGUAAGUCUGCUGAGUUUGGGAUGUUUUAGGCGUGAGUCGUGACUGUUUUGUUUCAAGGAUUUGAAUAACUUUAUGUCUCUUUGCUUAAAUCUACUUAAAUCAAUAAAGAUGAAACUUCCUUUUCUACUA